GUAAAACUCGAUGUUCAUUUCCGUUUCCUGAAAUAAUACAGAAAUAGUACUUUAAAAAGUCAUAGUCUACCUCACAUUUCUGCUAUGAUUUAAUUUUCUCUUCUCUAAUCUAAUGGCCCUUUUUGUAUCAGAAAAGAUAUUUCCUUUUUCACUAAUAUGUGAAAUUUAUGUCACCAUCCCAAACUUUACUACAGAACAUUGAAAGAUAACUUAAAACAUUAUUUUUUUUGCCAGUCGUGCUGAACUUGCAUUUGCCAUUUGCACUGCAAAUUGCAGUAUCCGUAGAGCCGUAGAAACGAGUGCACUGUACUUUACUUUACGUCUUUUGGCACUCUGGUCGUAGCGUUACAAAAAUAAAUUCUUGUACUUGUAGGCGGCUGGUUGAUGGCCUAAGUCUACGUAUUAAAAAAACAAGUUUUUAAAUUUGUUAAAUAAUAAACUUAUUUUUCACUCUUGAAUUGUGUAAAUAUGGCUAACAUAAAUACCAACCAAAAUCAUGAAAUGAAAAUUGCUGUGGUCUGUUCAAGUAAUCAAAAUCGAAGUAUGGAAGCCCACAGUUUUUUGAGGUAAAAUUUUUUUUUGAUCUAACCUUUCUAUCUGAAUUUAUUUCCAUUUUUUUAUCCAUUCCUUCCAGUUUCCAUAUUGGUCUCAGGAUGAGCCCUAGGGCUAGGGUCAGGGUCAGGGUACAGGAUUUAAUAUUAUCUUUUAACUAACUACCAUGAGCCUGUGGGAGCAGCUGGGCAUUUCUUUUGUUAUGGCCAUGAGCCGCUGGUAGCGCCAAUGUUUGUAUCAUAGUAAAUAUUACCUAGAUUUAAUUCGGUCACAGCGGGUUUUUCAAUCUGGUAGCUAAUCAGUUAACUUGACCAAUGAUGACCAUUAUAAUUCAACGGCAUUGAUAACUUAAGGGUGGGGGGGGGGGGGGGGGGCAGGGGUGAUUUGUGACAAAUGAAGAUGUUUAUAAGUUAUGUUGUUAUUUAAAUUUUGACAUGUGGGGAGGGGGUGUAAACAAAUAAGCCAAAAUAGCAUAACAUCUUUGUUUUUUAUGAUAGCUGCCAUCCAUAAACAAUGCCACACAUUUAGGGUGGUUGAGUUUUGUGAUAAAUUUAUAAAUCUUUUUCCCUUGUGACAAAUUUGUGAUCAUUGGUGGGUGUGGGUUGUAAAAAAUCUGCUAAAAAUACCCAGACAUCAUUAAUGGAUGGUUUCCUUAAUUCAGACGUGUGAGCCUGCAAUUUAUAACAGUUUUGAAGAAAUUUUUUGUAAAUAAUAAUAAAUUAUAAUUAAUAAGACAUUUUCGCUUAGCCCUAUCCCCAAUACUCUACAAAGUUAAAGGAAGUAAUUUUCUAAAAUAUCAAUAAACAUUUUCUGUAGUGACUCAUAAAGCUUGGACACAUAAAUUAUUAUAAACUACCCUUAAUAUUUUCUUAUUUACAGGUACCGGUACAGCUUUCAUAGCAAUUUUCCCCCAGCACUUAUUUGAAACCCCCAUAUCUAUAGUUUAUGUCAGCUAGUAAGAAAUGUGUUAAAACUAAGGUUAAGCAAUAUAGUUUAAUAAUAAUGACAUUUAUUAGAGAUUAAAAAUUCCAUAAUUGUCAUACAAUUAUAUUCUAGACACAUAAAAAAAACGAAGUGUCUACACGUCUGGCGCGCCGGACAAAUAGUGCGCGAGAUAUACGUCCGGCGGCAUGUCACGUGACCGCCGGACGGCUAGUAGUUUUUAUUAUUCCGAACGAAAUUCAAUUUGGGAGAUAUUGUGUGGUCUUGUGGUAGAGUGGUCGCUUGGCGUUAUUAUGAUUUGAGGAUCAAUACCUGGUGUAGGAUCGUUUUUUUUUCCCCCAUUUUAAUUAAAAAUAUUUUAUACUAUAUUUAUAUUAUCAUGUUCGUUCAGCAGCAACAGUAGUUUCAUGAGAAAUUUAAAAAUAUUUUGUAGCAAUUUAAACAAUUUAAAAUGAAAUCUUUUACUUUUAUUGGUUGCCUACUCCAAACUGGCCCCUAAUUUAUUUUAUGGAUUACUUGUACACAAACUCAAAUAACAAACUAAACAAAAAUGUUUACAAGCCACUUUCGCUUAAGUUUUUCUCUAUUAUUUGCAUUCAAGAUACUCAGUACAUUACUUGGUAGAGAAAUAGAUUUUAAAAUUAACUAUAGUUUUCAAUCAUUCGCAGUCACGUGACAAGGCUGACCGACAAGAUAUCUCUCGUCACUUUGUUACGGCGGUCAUGUGACUUAGUCGCCCUACAAAGAUAUGCGGGAGAUAUACGUCCGGCGCGCCAGACGUGUAGACACUGCCUAAAAAAAAAUAAUUUAAUAUCUUUUAUUUUCAGCAAAAAAGGGUUUUGUGUUAAGUCAUUUGGAACUGGCAACAUGGUAAAACUCCCAGGACCAGCACCAGAUAAACCAAACAUUUAUGAUUUCAGCAUUACUUAUGAUGCAAUGUACAGGGAUUUAAUGGAGAAAGACACUGAAUUGUAUCCUUAUGUUUUUAAUAAUUGGACUUUUUAAGCUAGAUCAUGGAAAUGACACAUGGCAGUAGUCUAUGGCAGUGAACAUAAAAAGAGUUGAGUGCAAUGGCAGAUACACAAACAAACAAUUUAUAAGCAGCUUAAAAACUGUAUCAAGAGCUCAGAAAAGGCAGGUGUAUAAAUAACUCCAUAAUUCCAGAGGCUAAACAAUUUUAAGACUCAUCAUCACAGCACCUGAAAAUAUUAAUCUGCAUCCCGAAUUUUCUUGUUUUUAAGCCUGUGCUGGUGACUGUUAGUGGUGUCUCUCCCCCCCCCCCCCCCCACAUUAUCUUCAUUUUNCCAUAAUUCAAUUCUUUUGUGGAGAACAAAGGGCAUGUUAGUGGACUUUAUGGACAUGCCACAUGACUUUGUGGCAGCAGAGCAGGGUGCAAAGUAUGGAAGGGCAGCAGAGCAGGGUGCAAAGUAUGGAAGGGCAGUAGAGCAGGGUGCAAAGUAUGGAAGGGCAGCAGAGCAGGGUGAAAAGUAUGGAAGGGCAGCAGAGCAGGGUGCAAAGUAUGGAAGGGCAGUUUGUAGUUUAAUGUGAAAAGUUCGCUGCUCAGCCCUGGAUCAAGAAAUAAUUUUCAUUCUAAUUGUUCCGUGUUAUAAGGAACAUCUAAAAUAAAUAAUUGCAAGUGUGUGUGUUGGUAUAAUCCUUAAAAAAGUUUUUCAGAUAUACACAGAAUGGAAUUCUGUAUAUGUUGGACAGAAACAGACGAAUUAAACCCAACCCAGAAAGAUUUCAGCUGUCGAAAGAACGCUUUGAUUUGAUCAUCACAUGUGAGGAGAGAGUCUAUGAUCAAGUUUUGGAAGGUAGGAAUCAAAGUUGAUUUAGCCUCUUUACUUUUUUUACAAGUUUAAUCCAUGUCACCCAAAUAUUAAUUAUGUUUUGGUGAGAUUGAAAAACUUAAGCCCUUAGCCUUAACACCUUAUAUCGACACAGCACAGAGUAAAUGAAAAACCUUAAAAUAAUGAUAAAGCUUAUUUGAAAAUCACGCUUCAUCCCCAAAGGCUCGAAGCGCGGUUCAAAGUCAUCAAUAUUAAAAAAUAAAUGAAAAAAUCUAUAUUUUACCACAUUGAAAUACAAAACGCAACAUUACUAAAACUACAUACGAAAAUACCCAUUCUAAGUCUUUCAUCCCUUGCAACCAAAAACAACAAAGGCCACUUUACAUUUUCCCAUGAAAUAUAAGUCUACAAGAGUGCAAACGCAAUAACUUUGUCAAAUCGGAUGAUAUUGAUACCUCUUAAUUUAAGAUUAAUUUAUAUACAGAAUCUGUAUUAUUACUGAUAGUAUAACUCACUGAUAAAUUAGCCUUAAUUCCAUCUAAAUUGUCAAAUUCAUCAUCCGAGUUGAUUUUAUAAAAAAUUGCCAUUGACUGGUGUAAACAGGUCAAAGUUUGACAAAAAUCAGAGCAAGCAAUUUUUUUUAUUUUGAAAAUUGUAGUUUAUCCACUUAGGACGAUAUAAACUUUAUUAUGAGUAAUAGACCAGCCGUAAUAAUUAUAUUUAAAUAAUUUUAACAGAUUUUGAAAACAGAGAAAGGAACGAUGAACAAGCUGUUCAUAUAAUUAAUAUAGACAUUCAGGAUAACCAUGAAGAGGCAACUAUUGGUGCAUUUAUGAUUUGUGAACUUGUUACGAUGGUAAGUCAGCUCUUUAAUCCAAACAGAGAAGUCACUACAAACUAUAGUCUGCUAGUCAUACAAAUAACUUUUUGUCGUCCAUACCAUAUAUAUAUACUCAGUGGAUUCUUCUUUUUUGGGACCCAACAACUAAAGUUCCCUGCUAAUUUUUUUUUUUUUUUAAAGAAUGCACACAAACAAAAGAACCCUAUUAAUAUUAUGAAACACAAAGCCAAAAGAAAUGGGGCGGGGGUGAAACCUUUAAAAAAAAAUUGAACAUAAAACUUGAUGCUGCUGGAUUGCCUAUUUUCAAAAAUAGCAUUGUAAUCAACAUUAUGCAAGCAGUUCUUUUUGAUUAUGUCUAAACACAUAUAUGUUAUUAUCUGUCCUAGUUAUCCCGCAUCAUGUACCGGUACCAGCAGAGUUAAUAGAUGACACCUUUGUUUUUCAGAACCCACUGUAUAUAAACAUUUAUUUGAGCUGCUGUGUGCAAAUAAGGUUGAACUCAUGAUUUAACGAUAUAAAUAUGAAUGUUUCUCAUACUUGAAAACACUCUUGUCUAUGGUUAAAAUUCCAACACGGGAAGUGGAAGUGAAAUGCAAACUUUCUUAAAUCAUUUAUUGGCUACAUUUAAUUAAUAUUAUCAAUCUAUUUAAUUAAAAUACCUUAAUUUAAGCCAGGCCUGAACAACAUACAGCAUUGCGAUGCGGCCCCCCAAUACCCACUUUGCGGUCCGCAAAGUAGCUAUAUAUUCUUUAUUCUUAUUAUUUUCUUUAUAUCUUUCCACCCUGUCUUAUUUUCUUUUGACCGGCUCAAGUUUUUCAUUAAGUAUUACUACUGUCUUCCUUACAUUUUGAGUUGUGCAGGCCUGAUUUAAAACAUUGAUAAAUAUUUUUAUUAUCUGUUAUUUCAAGUUAAAAUUAUGUGUUUUUUUGUUUGUUUGACCCAUCCAGCUUUAUUCAUCAGAAGAUUUGGACAAUGAAAUUGACGAAAUUCUUCAGGAAUUUGAACAUAAAGUGAACAGGCCCUUGCUGCACACUGUCCAGUUUUACUGAAGCCCAAUGUUAUUGUAAAACUUGUAAAUAAAAAGUUGUUAUAAAAAAUGUUACUGUAACCCAUGAAGCUAUGAAACUGUGAAGUUAUCUGUGCCGGAGUAAGUUCAUUAAAAAUUGCAGUCUUGUAUACAUAUUCUGUAGUCUGGUUGGCAAGGUUGUUACAAUUGGUGCUUCCCCCCGAAGCACGAACAUUUCAAAUGAUCCUGGCCAAAAAUUGUUUUGGGUGGUGAGGGUGCAGACACUGUUUUGUGUGGCCAAUUUUGGUAUCUGGCAAUAAAUAAUAAUAAUAAUAAUCAAAGUAA